CUGAUUGCUGGUACAGAUCUCAUGCAUAUAAUGGAAAUGACAUAUUACUGGGUUUCUGGCUAUAAUGAGUUAAAAACUGAUUUGAUUUAUUUUAUUUUCAAGAUUACGAGAAUAAAUCGUCUCUACAGAAUACAUUUAACUAGUGAUGGUGAAUCCGUAUUGUUUGUUGACUGUGCGACUGCAAAAACAGCUGGUUUAUUCACUUGCAUUGCUACUAAUUCAGAGGGUGAAACGUCUGUGGAAACGCAACUUACUGUUCAUGCACGUUUGGGUCGUCAAAUGCAAAGUCUUGCACCUCAAUUUACAGUUGAUCUGAUGGAUAUAGGAGUUUCGAUUGGUCACCCAGUAUCAUUAAAAUGUGUUAUUAAAGGAGCACCGGAACCUCAACUGAAGUGGUUUUUCACUGAUGAUUCACGUCGAACAGUUGCACUGAAAACCAUUCCUGGAUCAGCAUGGAGUGAAUGUCGUCGAGGUGAUGAUUGUGAAUUAAGAACUGAAUCUGUUGUAAGCGCUCAACAAGGAACAUAUCAAUGCUUGGCGAUCAACGAACAUGGAAAAGCUUUAUCGCAAUGUUAUGUAUUAGUUGGAGAACUUUCUGAAGAACCUGCUGGUCCACCACAUUUCGUGCGAUGUUUGAGAGAUAUAUGGUGUCCACUUGGAAGCUACACUGUCUUGGAAGUCGAAGUAGGCGGUCAUCCAUUGCCAGAAUUAACGUGGUAUCACUUUGAUCAAAAAGUCGUCGAAGAUAAGUCGGUUCAGGUUCAUUGGAUAGUCUAUAUAUCACAAAGCAGAUGUGAAUUGAGAAUAUCAAAGAUGGGUAUCCGUCAUGUUGGCAAUUAUUCUGUCGAAGCAUCUAACGUAUAUGGUGUUGUACGAACUAACGCGUCAGUAAAUGUUGGGCAAGUUAAAGAAAAUAAGGAGCCUCCCGUUUUCCUGCAAGGUUCGAAACUUAUUGAAACGGUUAAGAAUUUUUACGGCCUUGAAGAUCUCGAUUUCAUUGAAGGAGAUUCAGCAGCUUUGGCUGGUAAAAUAUCCAGAAGAAAGCGUCACAGAAUGCAAGGUAAUUCAACUGCUGCAAACGAUGUCAUGAAGUCAAUUAUGAACGCUGAGGAAUCAAUUCACGUUGCUGAAUUCACAACUCUUGAAGAAGUUCGCGGUGCGAUAAAUAUAAGAAAUAAAAAAAUUUGUCGACCAAAAUUCAUGGUUAAACCAAAAGCAAAGAAGGAAAUUGAGGAAUACAAAUCACUGCGAUUAAAAACUGCCAUUUCUGCAAAUCCAGUUGCUGUUGUCCAUUGGGAUAAGUUAGGAGUCCACCACGUCUCGCAUAUAGACAGUGGCUUCUAUAAUUGCACUGCAUCAAAUAGCGAAGGCCUAGUGACGUGUACUUCAGAGAUUGAAGUGACUUCAUCUGAUCAAACAGCUCGUAAAUAUUCCAAGAAAGAAUUCAAGUCUCCAACGUUUAUUGAAGUUUUGCCUGGCCGAUUAAAGGCUGAUGUGGGUGAUUCAUUAACCGUCCAAUGUAGUGUACUGGCAUAUCCAACUCCAUCAGUACAAUGGCUUCGUAACGGAACGGUUUUAAAACCUCAGCAUGAUCGCUAUGCAAUGUUAUUUGAUGGUGAAACAUCAACUUUAAUAUUCCAUAAAUUAACCGCAGCGGAUUCAGGCAAAUAUUGCUGUACUAUGACAAAUCAACAAGGAGAAGCCAAGACUGCAAUGCACUUGGAUGUAAGCAAAAAUGAAAAUACCUCUCUAAAAUCACUCGAUGGUAUACCUCCAAAAUUCCUUGAAAAAAUCAAGGACGUUAUUAAAGCUAAAGAUGGUGAUGAAGCUACUUUAAUAGCAGAAUUAGUUGAGGGCUCUGAGCCCCUUAGGAUACGUUGGUUUCAUAACAAGGUUGAAAUCAACAAUUCAAGCGCAUUCAAACAUGUUCGUGUUGGUAAUGUUCUACGCUUAGUUAUCGCAGAUGUAUUUCCUGAGGAUGGCGGGGAUUAUGUGUGUGAAGCUAAAAAUGAUUAUGGGCUUGCUAAAUGUAAUAUGAGAUUUGUUGUCUCGGAAAAACGUACGAACGAAUUUCUUAAUCCUCCGCUUAUUGUUGAAGCACCGAAAAGUCUUACUGUUGAUCCUGGAGCAAAUGCUCAAAUUACAGUGACUUUACGCGGUCAUCCUGAGCCUGCAAUUGCUUGGUCAAGAAACAAUCAACCCAUAAUACCGAACGAGAAAUAUCAGGUAAGUGGUCGUUCAUUUACAUUUUUUAUCAAAACUUUUAAAAAGCAAAUGCUCUUUUUUACAGAUAAUACAUGCAAAUAUGAACUAAAUGCAGCUAAUUAUGCUGGCUCUGCAACUGCUAUAGUCGAACUUAAAGUUGCUGAAGUAAAAGAUUUGGAAUCAGUAUUACCAAAAUUUACAUUAUUGCCUAUAUCCGUCCAGUGUGCAAUGGGCCAAAAGGCAAUGCUGAAUUGCGCUUUCACGGGAAGCCCACAGCCGGUAGUUUCAUGGUAUCAUAGUGGCACAAAAAUAAUAUCUGGACAUAAUGGUAUCACGAUAAUAUCUACCUCGACAACAUCGCAGUUGUCAAUUUUGUGUCUCCAAGAAAACCAUCUUGGCGAAUACCUUUGUACAAUAAGAAAUGCAUAUGGUGAAGAUCUUUCCAGAUCAAUGAUUCUCCAAGAAGGUUAG